UUUACAACAUACUUAUAUAUAUUCAUAAUAAUUGGAUGUAUAAAAUGCUCUGAUAAGCCUGGUGAUAAGUCAGGUGACAAGAGUAGUGGCUUAGUACCAUAUAGUGAUAGUGAAGAAGAUAAUUUUGAUGUAACUGAAUCAUCAGUGAAAACAACUGAACCUGCUGAAGAGGAACCACUCGAAGAGGAACCUGACAGAGAUAAACCAGGACAUGUCGAAGAAGGAAGAGAAAAAUAUGUAAAACAGGUGAGUGAACCAUAUAAAAAGGAUGGAAAAUGUGAAAUAAUAAGGUUCUUUAAAAAGAAUAAUGAAGGUGUUUUGGUUGAAAUGACUGGUAGAGAUUAUACUGUAUCAUUUUCUGAUAAAAAAAUAGUUAAAUAUGGAUUCAAAGAAGAUCUUGAACUUGUACUUUGUAAUGGUGAAACGGCUUAUAAACAUGUACCUGGAAAGGUUUAUUAUUCAUCAUUGACUUAUUAUAGAAAUACCAACACUUUAAUUAUUGUUGGUGGUGGUGAAUUUCUCCGUAUCAUUUAUAAUAAAGGGAAGUGGAGAGCAAGUUCACGCAGAAGUCCAACAAUUCCAGAAUUUUACACCAAAAAUUCGAAGGGAACUUAUCUGUUACUAUCUAGUGAGUAUUACACUUUUGACAUUACCCCAACUGGUUCAUUUAAAUACAUAUUUAUAUCAGGUGUAAAGUGUAGUAAAAUUAUUCUCAAUAAAUUAUUAGUCUGGAAAAAAACUGAUGAACCAGAAUAUCCAACAUCAAUCAUCAUCACCUUAAGAUUGAAUGUUUUUAUCUUUUUCAGAGGAUACAGAGUUUUAUUUGGAAAAACUGCGGGAAAAUAUAGACGAAUUGGUAAAUAA